AUGCCCCUUCCAACCGAGUCGAAUGACCUGGUGGACAUAAAACAAAGAGACAAUGAACCUUUAAAGGACUACAUUCGAUGUUUUAUGCAAGAGGCCACCAAGGUGAAAUCCUUAAGCGAUAAUGGCAAAUUUAUAGCCAUCAACUCAGGAAUCAAAAUAAAAAGUCCAUUUUGGAGCAGCUUUAAGAGGAAGUUUGCAUGUACCACCCAGGAAUUCCUUGAUUGGGAAGAAGAAUUUAUUAAGCUUGAGGAAGCUGAGCGGAAGGUGGAUAACCCUAGCCAAGCAGCUACUGGACAGGGGAAGACAGAAGUUGGAAACACCACUAACAUAACUGGAGAAAGCAAAAAUGGGGCCAAAAAUGGCAAAUGUGGCUGGAAGGCAAACGUGGCUGAAAGUAGUAAUAAUCAUAAUGACAGCAAGAAGCCUAAAACUACCGAGCAGCCCAAACCACGAGAAUAUGUUCCUAAGUUUACUACUUACUCCAUCCUGAUGGAGUCCCCAACAGAUGUUUUCAAAGCUACCCAGACGGUCGUACCAUGCAGAAGACCUCCACCGAUGAGGAAGGAUGUUAACAGACGGGAUAUGACUAAAUUAUGUUGGUUUCACAAUGACUACAGUCAUGAAACCAAUGAAUGUAACCACCUGAAGGAAGAGAUAGAAAUCCUCAUUCGACAGAAUAAUGCUCAUCUGAAGAGCAAGUCACGAGAAAAAUAUGCUCUUUCCCUUAGAUAUGAGAAGGACGAUGACGUACUAGUUAUCCAGGAGCAUACUCCCAAACAGCCUCACUAUGAAUGUGAGCCCAUCAUAUUCAACGCAGAAGACACGGGUCAUGUGCAUCAUCCACAUAAUGAUCCUUUGGUUGUGGAAGUCCAGAUUGCCAACAUGAUUGUGGCCCGGAAAAUGAUCGACCUUAGGUCAUCCACCAACAUCCUGUUCAAGAAUACCCUGGAGCGAAUGAAUUUCAACAUCAAAGAUUUGGAGCCAUGUGAACAGUUGUUGUACGGGUUCACAGGAAGCAGCAUAGCCAUAGUAGGAAGCAUAAGGCUGCCUCUAAUGGUGGGGGCGGCACCUAAGGGCAACACUGUCAUGGAUUUGUUCGUUGUAAUUGACAUUCCUUCUCCAUAUAAUGCCAUGAUAGGCCGACCAGCCCUAUAUGAUCUCUGA